GCGGCGUCUGGCCCAUGCGUACGUGCGGUCCGGCUGCAUCGAGUUGCUGCUGGAGGAGGAGGAGUGGGGCUCGGAGGUGGGUGACAGCGGCAGCACGGGCGAGCUGACACUGCAUGAUGCUGCAGACGGCUCGCACCCCCGCGACGACCCCGGCAGUGCAGCGCUGAGCCCCGUGUACGAACUGCUGGAUGGCUCCAGCAUGGGUGCUGCACAGGGGAAGGAGGGCGGUGGCGGCAGCGGGUCUAAUGAAUCUCUGGCCAGGUUGUUUCUCCAGCAGCAGUCUGGGGUUCUAGGCUGGCCGGGGAGCCUGUCGGUGGAGAUCAUCGACCCCUCCUCCCUCACGGAGGAGCUGGAGGACAGGGGAGGCGAGCAACCGCUCGGCUUUGCACCGCGCAUUGGCUCGGCGUCCGGCGCCCCGGUAGCCCCGGUUCCGGGUCCGCAGGGCAGCGGGCCGCGGCUUAGCUUUGCUGACAUCGUUGGGGCGCUGCAGCUGCAGCCGCAGCCGGGGCCGCGGCAGCAGCAGCAAGUCCAGCAGCAGCAAGUCCCACCCCAGGUACAGCCGUUGCCGCUUCCUCAGCCGCAGGUGAUGCUGACUCAUGCGCCUCAUGUCGACGUGGCCUCAGCCGCUGGGCGAGGUGUGGAGGCACCGCCCGGCGACUGCCCUCUGGGAUGCGUGUCCGCGCACCCCCGUGUGCUGCUGCUGCCCACCCGCGCCAGCCGGCCCUGGCUCCCGGCACGCGCGAUGGCCCCAGCGGGAGCUACCAGCGCCGGAGGCAGCGGUUCCGACGGCUGCCUCUCCCUGCGCGUUACGGUUCAGGUGCCCGCACUGACGCCUGCGGCUGCCGUGGCGGGUAUCUCGGGGUUCGACUCCACUCCGCCUCCGGAGCUGGAGGUGUUGGUUCGUGCACGGGGGGCCUACCUGCCCGUCAGCCUCAACUGGCUGGCAGUGCAGCCCGUGACGACCCAUGGGUCGGCCGGGCACCUGGGGAGUGGUGCUGGCCAGCAGGACCGCCCCAGCAGCGGCGACAGCGGAAGCGGCUUGUCUGGUCAAGUGGGCAGCAGCAGCAGUGGCGAGGAGGAGGAUGGUGGUGGCGACGAUGAUGAUGACAGCCGGGACGACCUGCAGGACGUGGGGUCGGGGGCGGGGAGGAGGAGCUCGGGUGGUGUGGGGGGGCCCCGCUCGGGUCCCACUCGGCUGCUGGAGGCGGAGUUGAGGCUGCUGCAGCUGCCCUCGGCGCCGGGACUGGUCAUGGUUGACUUUCGCUGGUGCGGUCAUCCCUGCCGCGCCGUGCCGCUGGUUUUUGUCCGCGAGGCGGGUGUGGUUUCGGAGCUGGGCGGUGCGGUGCCCUCCUGGCCGCGCUCCCCCGCGGAGCUGGACGAGCUGCUGCUGGACCUGGGAACAUGGGAGUUCCACGCGGUGGAGGCAGGGGAACGUGGGGAGGGGGGGCAGGGGGAGGCGCCCUCUCCCUCGUCCUGCCCUCGGCGCCUGCCGCCGGACACCAUUCCCGCUCUGGGGAUGCACCUGCUGCGCUACGCGACAGCAUGCGGCUGGCUGGCACUGGCGCAGCGGUUGCGGAGGGACAUUGCGCGGCUGGGGGUCGGUGGUGGGUCGCGACCCAUGGGUCAUGUCCCGCUGCCUGGCGCUGCUGUGGCUGAGCCCCUCAGUGCUAGCAGCGGCGCCGCGGUGGUUGCGGAUGCGCAUGCAGCUCCUGGCAGCGUAGCUGGAGAGGCUGUGGGGCAGGUGGCUGCUGCGGGCGGGUCCUCCGCGCCCGCAUCUACUAGCAGUGGCGCCCCAUCCGCUGCUGCCGAAGGGGGGCGGGCGCAGGGUUACAAGGGCCGCGCAGCUAGCGGGGGCGGAAGUGCGCAUGCCUGGACUCAUGCGCUGCUGCUGACGCUGGGGCUGCGGCGGCUGCCUGCUGCGGAGGAGGCGGCGUUCCGGGUCUAUGCGGAUUCCUGGAUCUUCGCGCAGGGACAUGCCAUCCGCAUCGUGGAGUGUGUCUGCCUCUUCGCCACCCUCUGCCGCUGCGCUUACGAUGGCCGCCUGCGCUCCCUCACCCCCGUCUCCCUGCUCUUCGCAUUCGGGGUCGGCUUCCUCAGUACGGCGGCCCGUGCCGUACUGCCGUACCGCGCGUGGGCCGCCCUGGAGCGCCGCUGCGCGCUGCCCCGCUACGGCGGCUACCUGGCUGCCAAGGCGCUGGUGUCAUUCGGCGGCUGGCCGGUGCCCCCGGGUGUGGCGCCGUACCUGCUGACCCCGGGUAUGCUGCUGCUGGAGGGACUCAUUCUGCCGGGAUCGUGCCUGCUGCCCCUGCCACUCGCCCUGUUGGUCCUCCCCCUCGUCAACCUCGUCACGGCCUUCGAGCUGCGAGUGGUGGCACCCGCCGUCCCGCCCGCCACCGCCGCCCUGGUGGCCUGCCGUACGGCACUGGCGGGGCUGGGCACCACUCUGGCGUGCCACGUGUUCAUGCGCGUGCUCUUUGAGAGGAGGAGGGAG